AUGAAUCUUUUAAUAUCUCGUCAUAUUCUACGACCUUUUUUAUCAAAACAUUUUCUUUAUAAUCAUAUAUUACCAACAAUAUCAUCUACUAAUUCUUCUUCUUCUCUAAUUCUAAAACGUUUUUCAUCAUCAUCAUCUAAGAAUGAUAAUAAUAAUAAUAAUAUAGAAAAAUUAGAAAAUAGAAAAGAUUUUGAAGAAAAAUUUAAAAAAUUUGAACGUAAUGAAAAAAAUCAAACAGUUAAUAUUGCACUUUAUAUGGCUUCAAUGGCUGUUCUUAUGCUUGGAUUAACUUAUGCAUCUGUACCACUAUAUAAAAUGUUUUGUGAAGCAACAGGUUUUGAUGGUAUUAUAAGAAAAAGUGAAGAUGAUGAUAUUAUAUCAGCUAAUGUAAGACAAUUAUCUCAACGAACAGAUAAAGCACAUCCAUUAUUACGAAUACAUUUUUCUUCUACACCAUCAUCACUUUUACCAUGGACAUUUGAACCAGAACAACGUGAAAUCUUUAUAAAACCAGGUGAAACAGCAUUAGCUUUUUAUCGCGCAAAGAAUGAAUCGAAUCGACCUAUUAUUGGCAUAGCUACAUACAAUGUUCAACCAUCACAAGCAGCUUUUUAUUUUAAUAAAAUUCAAUGUUUUUGUUUUGAAGAACAACGUUUAGAACCAGGUGAAGAAAUUGAUAUGCCAGUCUUCUUCUAUAUUGAUCCUGAUUUUGUUCGAGAUCCUAGUUUACAAGGUGUUCAUGAUAUUAGUUUAUCUUAUACAUUUUUUGAAAGUAAAGGUACAGAACAUUUAGCUUUAAUGGGUGGUGAUCCAUCAGUGGCUCAUGUUAGAUUAAAACCAAGUGAAACAUUACCAUAUGCACAUAGACAUAAUGAUAAAGUUAAAGCUCUUUCUUCAUAG